AUGCAUUUCUUUGGCUUAUUUGGUUUGCUAACAGUGUUAUUGUGUUAUAUACAGGCUGAAGAAAUCACUCGGGAAAAUGUUUUGACGAUAAUCGAAGAAUGCAAGGAAGAAGAAGGAGCAAUAGAAGAUGACAUUGCAACAUUUAAGGCCCGCAUGCCCCCAACCACCAAGGAGGGCAAAUGUAUGCGUGCCUGUCUGAUGCGUCAUUUGGGUGUGUUAGUUGAUGGUGAUUUGGAUGCUGAUAAAGCCAUUAAAUUGGCGGAAGUUGUCAUACACGAGGAGGAUAAAAUUCAUUUGGCCGCCACAUUGGUGGAGUCAUGUGAAUCGUUGGAUUUCCAUGAAGAUCCUUGUGAAGCUGCUGGCCAAUAUGUAACUUGUAUGUAUACUUAUGCCCAGGAACAUGGAAUUGUGGAUGAUUAAUUUUCAAU